CGAGGUGGGACGCUUUUCCGUGAAUAUAUUUAUUUAGCACUGAGUUACUACAUCGCGAUGAUAUUGCACAUAACGGAUGUUUUUGUAACGACUUUGAAUGACAGCGAGUCUGUGUUUAACUAAAUACAGUAGGAUUUGAUUGACAGAAACGGUGGUUCCUUGCAUCGUUUUGAUGAAAGUAUUGUUCCUUGCAACAGUUUGAUGAAAGUAUUGCUCCUUGCGACGUUUUGAUGAAAGUAUUGCUCCUUGCCACGGUUUGAUGAAAGUAUUGCUCCUUGCAUCGUUUUGAUGAAAGUAUUGUUUCUUGCAAGGAUUUGAUAUAAAUCUAUGCGCGGUGUUAAUGUUUGUGCCCGUUAAAGACCUCGCGGUUAUUAUUGGCAAUGACACUCGUUAUUCAGAAACUUUAAGGAAAAUCAUGAAUAACGGAACAUUAACCCGGGAAAAUUUUAAACCAAACGUCUACGAGAUUGUUGUUCCGCCAUGUCUCUGUUUAGUAGCAGCAAUAAUAGGUUUGAUCCUUUUGGUCUGUGUGACAAAGAAAAGUUCCUGCUGUCGAAAAGUACCGAAUGUAACCGGGCAUAGUGCCGUAGCGCACUUGGAUACUGCAACAAUUAAAACAAAACUAAACAACGGUACAGGACCAUGGCCAUUUCUUUCCCAAUUUGAUCAGAAUGUUUUGGAAUCUUUGGAUCUGUUUGUCAACCAACCCAAAGAAUUGUUCUUGAUAGCUCUGCCAUGUUUUUUAUCACUUGCCUUUUGCCCACUGACCCUGUUCCUGCACAUUCCUAUUCUAAAUCUAUUUUGGCCUGAAGAGUUGUUCCAGCCUAUUCCUAACACCAAUGAUGGGAUCGCAUGCUUUCUGGUACCGGCGGGGAUGGUGUACGCCAUUUCAUUUGGAUUUGCGUUCCAGCAGGUGAUGUCCAAGCAGCAGGCGACUGAUCUGUACAUCAAUCAACAGGUGGAUGACAUGCAUCGCUUGCUAACCAUGGUCUCCAAGAUGACAUUAUCGUGUUCUACAACCAAGCUGGACAUUUAUCAGUUGGUAAAGAAUGAGAUGGUGAAGUUCAUUCUGUACAUACAAGACAAGGACAUACCAACUCAUCUACCUGAUUUGAUGGAUGUUAUUCGUCUUAUAAGUGAUGAUCCCACUGGUUGGUCUCCAGUAUUUAAUACAAGUGUUAGAAAGGCCAUAGUCCGGAUAGUCACAGAUGCACCAUAUACCGUGGGUUCUAAAGCUCCAAGUAAGCAACGAAUAAAUCUUCUACAGUGGGCGUUCUUGGAGACAUUGGGCUAUUUCACAUUUUUGGGGAUAUUAUUGGUGAAAGGCGAGUCUUAUCGUAUGGAAUUAUCAAUGUGCAUUAUAACGGUUGUCUCUAUCUCCAUGUUGUGCUACAUAGUGGCAGACAUGGACUCACCUUUCCACGGAUUUUUCCGAUCAGAUUUGGCGGUCGUGAAAGGCUUGGCAGAGCGUUUGGAAGACAUAUAUGGACAGGAAACGCAGAGACUUCAAACAAAAUGUACGGAAUAACAAGUGAUAUUAUUGCAUUGUCUUGACAGUUGUGUUUUAGACGAUACGUUAUUAAAGAUACAUUAUGGGAGAUUAGAUAAAGAGCUGGCAGUUCUUACUAUCAUAGUUAAAAACUAGAUACUGUAAAGGCAAUUUGCUGAAAAUUUCAGUCAAAUUGAUUCACUAUGAACCGAGAUUUUAGCGAUUGGAUUUUCGGCCUAGCCUCGAUCAUCAUUACUGAAGUCGGUAGGAUAAAACAGCAAAUCGGAGCCUAAUACAAUAAACGUCGCAGUCUAGCGAUGUCAUCACGAGUAUGGAUAAGUUAAUUAAUGUCUAAUUAAUAGUUUGGAUAACAUUUUAGGCCUAAAGAAAGACCUGCAAUAGACAGAUUUAGCUCUUGCAUAAUGUAUGUUUAAUUAUUAUAAUAGUUUUUGGGGAAUCUCUUGUCUUAGAUUUUGAUUCUCGACCUGAACCAGUGCGAUCUAUUGGCCGAACGUAUUAUAGGACUAAGACUAGUAAUUAUCUCCCCUUAUUUCAUGAUAUAGCGCGAGUUAGAAAUAAACAGUUUUUCCCUUAAUUUUUUUUCUCCCCUUUUCCUGCAUUUUUGGGUGGACGUUUUGGUCUAGGAUUGGAGAAAAGGAAUCAAAUUUGCGAUUUCAUAGCAGUUUUGGGUAAUACUGAUGAUAUCACAGCGGAGAGUUAGGGGAUGUAAAGUGUCUUUCUGCAGAGCAAUUAUUGUGUCGGAACAUCAACAUCAAAUCCCCGCAGCAAAAAAAAUCUAAACGUCAACCCCCUACAAAAAUAUGAUGAGGGUAUUGGCAAAUGCGGUCCCCUAUGUGCCUAUAAAGAUUGGAACCAACGGAAUGUUGAGCAAAAAGCUAGUCUGUGAUUUUGCAGCCAUUUAACAUUGAUGUCAAUGGGCGAAUAAUUGCUAGUUGUCUCCAUGUGCAAAAUUGGUACUUCGAUGAUUAGAUCCAUUUCAUAAGGCCAACGUCAAGUUUGGUCUAAGGUCACGGGAUGUAAACAGGGCUAGCGCUAAUCCCAACCCUAACCCUAACCCUGGACCUAGCCCUUACCUACAAACUCGUCAACAAUCACGUGCCCGGCCAUUUUAGUCUUGAAUUUACGUUGGUUUUGCUGAAUUGAUAAGAUUGUCAUAAGCUAGAAACAUCAGGAUAGAUUCUAGGAAUCACCAUUUACAGUCAGUUUAUUUUUUAAAACUAGAUUCCGACCCCAUCCCCUAAUUGAAACAAGAAACACGAAGCAUAUGUUGUCAGAAAAUAGCUUCACUGUAAAUGUAACCGCGUGGGUUUUUUGUUUUUUUUUUGUAUUUUAAAUUGACAUUGAUCAUAGAGAGAAAGAGAGCACAUGACGUCAACAAUAAUAUGAGUAAUAGUAUUCAAUUCGCUAUUCCAAUCUCGUGGGUUUUCUCCAGGUCUUCCGGUUUCUUCCCACUGCUAAAAGACCCCUACGCGCAUGACAUACAUUUAUAUUUGUGAAAAAAUCUGGAAAUAAAUCAAUUACCAUUUGAACACAAUAAACAAAACAUAGAUUGAACAUUGUUUGACUUGUAUAUCAAUAUAUUAUUA